UCUCUUACAGGGGAUCAGGAGUUGUGGCGAUUGUCGUGCUAUAAGGCGUGGGACAGCCACUCGAGCGCCGCCCUAAUCGCCAAUUACGGCAAUAACUGGCGCCAUAUGUUUGUCGAGCGGGUGAGGCCUAACUUCAACGGCGCGUACAUCAGUCGCACCACUUAUAUACGUCAGGGGGAGGCCUCCUUCCAGGACGUGCACUACCGGCCCUGUUAUCUCGUCGAGUACUACCGGUAUAUACGGUUUUUCCCGAACGGUCACGUGUUGAUGUUGACCACCGCUGACGAUCCGCACCAGAGUUUGCCAUCACUUCGGCACCGGAAACCUAAGAACAGUAACGUCUUGAGCGGUCACUACCGGAUCAACGGGCAGACCAUUUCGAUAGUCAUCAAAAGGGACUACAUCUCGGAUGGCAGUCAAACGGCGCGUAAGUAUAAGCAUAAGAAUCGCGACCAAUCCGUGUCCACCCAGACGUUCAACAUAUCGCUGGACGUGAAGACUGUGCGGAAUAGGCGUAACCAUCAGCUCCUGUGGUCUCACUAUUCAGUGCACUAUAGGAAACCCAACGGACAGGAAAUGGUGACUGACUUUGAUUUGACGGCCAAUAAGUUCCCGUCGUUUUGGUUCUCAAGAGUCAAGAGUUAUGUGACGACCGCUGACCACAAACUCGCGUGAAUUGGCCGACAAUUUGUGGUCAUUUUUUGGUGAUCAGCUCAUCAAUGGUUUAAUUGUUAUAUUCACUGAUAUUUCAUAUAUGAAUAUAUUUAUCAAAUAUA